GCUUUUUGUAUGAAUACAGUGCCUCAUUGCACAACACUGAGACUGCUGUCACUGCAUUUUUGCUCUUCAGAUUGUAGUGAGUUUUCCUUUGAGACAAAUAUUUAUUUUCUCAAAAUAAACUGUCACAUAUAGCUAACAACUUUCUAUUGUACCGAAAAGGAAAAUGACUAAGGAAGACAACUAUAAAGAAGAUUUUAGCUAUGAUAAAAUGUCUACAUUGGAACGUGUAAAACAAAGUAAUGGAAAUUACACUGCGGACUUUAAAUCCAGUGAACCUCAGCUAGAUAGAAAAUGUCAUACUUGUUUUCAUCACAGGGGAUGGAUCUACAAUUUGAUGAUUGGGAGUUGUCUCCUGAUUGCUGUUGGCUUUUCAGUUUAUCUGGGAAACGUGUUUCCUGAUGAAAUGGACUACUUGCGUUGUGCAGCUGGUUCAAGCAUUCCUGCAGCAGUUGUGAGUUUUGCCAUAGCUAAAAGGAGAGUUAAUGCAAUGCCACACUACCAGCUUCUUUUUAUCUCAACAUUUGCUAUCACGACAACUUGUAUGAUUUGGUAUGGGUGCAAGCUUGUCCUCAAUCCAGCUGCGUUAAACAUAAACUUUAAUCUUGUUUUGCUUGUACUUCUGGAAAUACUCAUGGCAAGUAAAGUUAUACUAUCGGCAAGAUCUGACACUGAAUGCUGCAAGAGAAAGAAAGUCCAAUCAUAUGAUGCAACAGCUUUAUUGUGCCAUAUAAAAUUCCCAUCUCGUAUGCUGAAGUCCUAUUCAGUUGUUGAAGUGAUAGUGGCAAUUUGUGCAGUUUUUGGUGGAAUUAUUGCCCUGAACAUGGGUGCUCUGGUUCCAGGUCCUUACCUAUCAGUGACAUUCUUUUGGAUUUUGGCUGCAUGUUUUCCUGGUGCUAUUGCGAGUCAUGUGGCAGCAGAAUAUCCCAGCAAGUUCUUGAUUGAAGUCCUAAUUGCUAUAAGCAGCGUCACAGCUCCAAUGCUAUUUACAGCCUGUGGAUAUCUAUCCUUCAGCAUUAUGAAGUUUGUUAAUAUCUUUCGACAAAGUUCAACAAGUUUACGUUCUUAUGACAUACUGGUAUUUGUUCUGAUGCUUUUGUUGCUGGUUCAGUCCAGUCUCUCACUUGCCACAGUCAUCCACUGCAUGAGUUACAAGCUUCAAGUUAAAUAUUAUGAUUCAACAUGGAAUAUGUCAAACCUCCAAAAGGAGAACUGUAAGACAAUUGAGAUACCCAAAGUCCCUACAAAGGACUUUGACAAAGACAAGGCAUGGAAAGCUGUCAUGGUACAGAUGGUACAGUAGCAAGAACUGUUUCCUGGAUCUGCCUGAUAUGUACAUUUAUUUAUCAGUUGGUCAAUUUAGAACGCUUCACAUUAUCCAACAUUAAACUUUAGGUAAAUAGUGUAAAUAAUCUCAUUAAUGAAAUUAACUACGUUAACAAAUGAUUCAGUAACUUGAAAAAAUGUCUUUCUUAUAAAUUAACCUUUCAUAUAAAAGCAUUUUCCAUAAUAUUGCCUUAUUGACACUGAAACUACCAUUCUUUUAUAGAAUUAUUUUGGAUUGUGUACCAGAACAACUGAAAAUAAAUAAGUUAUAUCAAUUACAGAAGUUUGAAUAAACAUUAGCAAGUAUGAGUUUUUGUUUAUUGGAGUUUAAAAUAAAUAAUAAAGUUUGACAACACCAUAAAUUAGAAUGUAAUAUUUUAGCUCAAUUGAGAACUGUUUUACAAAGUUAAAAAUCACACAACACCAGGUUAUAGUCGAAAAGGUUUAUUUGGAAGCAACAUUUUUACAAAAUGUUACUUGCUCAUAAGGUGUGGCUGUCAUUUGCAAGCUAACAUUUAGAAAUGUGUGAUGAGCCAUCUUUUUGAAGCAUAGGAGUCCAGUUAGUGUAGAUAUUCUGACAGGUUAGGAAGUGAAGAUAGAAUAAUGUAUUUUCAAGUCAUGGUGGUUAUGUGAUGAAUUUGUUGUACUAAAUAUUGUUUAUUAUUGAAGCUGAGGAUUGCACUGUCUUUCUCUAAUCUUGCUGCUCCAUGGGGCAGAACAUAAAUUUAAUUGUUUUACCCAGUU